AUGAAGCUUUUCUUCACCGUUUUAGCUCUCGUCAACGGACAAACAACAGAUCUUCCAACAACAACUACUUCUUUCAUCCCAACAACGACGUUUGAGUCGACAACAUCAACCCACACAACGGUCAGCUAUACGACAUUCACAUCGACGACUUCUGGAACGACGACAUCCGGCACAACGACCACUACAACAACAACGACGACAACAACGACGAAGCCAGCAGUGAUGACCGGAACAGAAGCGAGGACUGAAAUCCAUAGUUUUGCAAUGGAAAUGAUGGAUCUUUUAGCCCUCGGCACCAGAACCGACCGCUUCUUCACUCGGCGAUAUUCCAAACUCGAUCGGAUUUUCGCUACAAACGACGAUUCGCUGAGCUGCGUGGAGCCUUACGAUUCGGUGAAAUACGGCGGCUCCGACUUCAUUGACUUUGUGGCGACCGCUUCCAACUCCACCGACCUUUGCACUCAAGCUACGCUGGUUGAGGACGUAGCAAAGCUUUGGACAGAAAACUACGCAUGCAAAGAUGGAAUCAAGAAGCGACCGCUGAAGAGAUGGCCACAAUGGCUCGAAAAGAUGAAUAAGAAGUAUUGCUGA